AUCGAAAUGAUUCAUAUUUUAUAAAACAAAAAGUUGUGUUUUCUUUUCUGAAAAUAAUAGAUCGUAGUUCACCACUUGACCUCCGUGAGAUAAAACGACGUCGCUUGUAUCGCCGGAAGUUGGAAUUUUAUAAACUCCUACAAAAUAAACGAUUAAUUCUCUACUUUUCCCUUCAUAAAUACACUGUAUUUAAAAUAAAAAAAAACUCAUUUUUUUUGCAACCCUUCCCUUUUAAAUUUUGUUGUCAUCAAACAGACUCCACUUGAGUCCACAAUUUUUUCAAAAACUCUGAAAUGUAACUAUGUGGUAUGUGUAAUACCAAAUGUCGCAGUGCCAUUUAAAAAAAAAAAAAAAAAAAAAAAAGCAGAAGCACCUGGUCUAUCGUUGUAGGUUUGAAGGCCACCGCUAUAUCUGUUUCAUCACACUUCCCUAUUCAGUCAGUACGAAGCAAAAGUCCUCUCCUCCUCUGAGGUGAAGUUCCUAUCGCCUUCUGAAGCCACAAUGUCUUUUGUUGACACUCUGCGUCAGUGGGACGAGGCCGUCACUUGUGUGGAAAAGGGAGAUUCCGCAGAGGCGCUCAGAAUUUUCUUGUCCAUCGAAGAACCAAAUUCCAAAAUCUGCUUCGACAUCGGCUGCCUCCAUGUCCUUGAUGAAGAUCUGGAUAAAGCAGAAAAGGCUUUUGAUUGCAGCAUAAGCAAGGAUGGGCAUUUGGCUGUUGCAUUCUUUCAAAGAGGAAAUACCUUUUAUAAAAAGAAGAGGUAUGAAGAGAGUCUGGCUGAUUUCAAGCAGGCAUUCAAGGCUCUGCGGGGCAACCAGCUUAUAGACUACAAAGCUCUUGGACUCAGAUACAAACUGUACGCCUGCGAGGUUCUCCACAACAUGGCCCUGGCAGAGGUCCAAAUGGGGCUCUGGGAACAAGCCCAGGAAAACCUUGUCAAGGCUCUGGACUACAAGACAGAGUCAAAGCUCAACCUCAUCGACAAAGCUCUGCAGUCCACCCUGAAGCAGAACAUCUUCAAGCUGGUUGACUUUCCACCCAAGGUCCUUUUCACGCCUAAUAAAAACUAUGUGGCCGAACUGGAGAAGAAGGACUACCUGGGAAAAGCCAAGGGAGCUGAACCACGGGCUUCAAGUGAUUAUUGCGUUGUGGCGUCAGUUAUUCCUCAGGAUGAAUUCUCUGGAUUUGCACCUCUGCAGCCGCAGGUUGAAGAUGGUCCGACUCAUCCCAAGGAACCCGAGGUUCUGAGGGCGUUGGAGGGUGCACCUCACACUGUCCUCUAUGAGUUUGUCCCGGAGACCAGUGAUGAGUUGGCUGUCGUCCCUGGGAAUAUUGUGUUUGUCCUGCAGAAGGGUUCAGACAACUGGGCCUCGGUGGUCUUCAAUGAAAGACGCGGACUUGUUCCCUACAACUAUCUGGAGCCGUUAGACAUCUUGGAUUCCAAAAAGAAAAAGCAGGGAGCAUCGAGGUCUCCAAGUCAAGAACCACCAACCAGACCAGAGAGGAAGCAAGGCACCAAAGUGGAGAAAGAGACCAGCAAACGAGACGCACCUGUGAAGAGAACUGCAGUCUCCCACACGCCAGUGAAGCCAGCUGAGAACACGUGCAUCGUCAAAGUCUAUUACACCUUCAACUUCGCUGUCUCCGUCACACCCGGCUCCUCCUACUCCUCGCUGAUGGAGGUCAUCAGCAAGAAGCUGAACGUCUCGUCUUCCACCCUCACUCUGAGUUCAAACGCCGAGUUAAAUCAGGAGAGCGAGAUCAACGGCGACACAGAGAUGGAGAGUGUGUGGAGCAGAGCCGGCAGCGGGCGCGUCGCUUUAUGGUGUUUCAAUACCAAGAACAGUGAUUCUAUCAAGCCAGAAAGUGAGAUCAGUUUGGUGGCACUUCAUUCCUAUGAGUCCUCCAGUCCAGAGGACCUGACUUUCCAGCAGGGUGAUACCAUCAUGCUGCUCUGCAGAGUGAACCAGGACUGGCUGGAAGGACAAUGCCAUGGACAGACUGGGAUAUUUCCUGCAUCCUUUGUGGAGGAGGUUUCCAAGAAUGGUCAAGUAGAGUAACAAACACAAGCUCCACCGCAGCUGCGUCACUGUAUUGUCAUAUUCCAGAGCUUAUUUAAUCACAAAAUUGUGAAAGCUGUAGAAAACCUGCCAAGUGUAAAGCACACGAUGCAAACAAUUGUUUCAACACAGAGCUGCUUAAAUAUGAUUAAAUGAAUUUAUGAAGUAUUUUAUCUGUAUUCCAUGAUUAGCAUAUGAAUUAGUAUCUUUAACUCUGACUUUAAUUUUGUAUUGUGCACAGAUUCAUGACACUGUGAUCCAUUAUAGGUCUUUCCACAUGGCUUUGAACGCACCCGGCAUGUGCCUCAUGUGACCACAUACAAGUCAGAUACAUUACAGUACAUUGAAUUUUCAGAUUGUUAUUAAAUGAAUGUCGCAGGAGAGGUGAUAUACGACGUUCUGAAUCGAGUGCUACGAUGUUCCCUCCUCUUCGUAAGCGAUGGCGAUGCCUCUACGGCCUUGUACUGCCUUCUCCACCGGCGUCUCACCCAACUUCUGCUCCAAGCCGUGCCAGCUGCGAUUCGCCAGGAAUGAUGCUGAAAACAAACAAAAAAAAAAAAGAUUCGACUCGGGUAAACACUCAUGAAUCUGACGACCAUUGUUGACAUCACAUACCAGCUGUGUUGGUGUUGGCGAGGGUCAUAGUUUGGUUCCGGAGCACCACUAACGUGAUGAAAGGCGAGUGAUCACUGUCCUGCAAGUGACUGCUGCGCAGCGCUCCUGUGAUCAACGACACGUCUGUCUGCUCCAUUUCCUCCUGACCGUCAGCCAC